GCUAAGACCUCCAAACCCAGGACCGCCACUCGAGUCGUGGAUGAGUUUGAGGAUGUGUGCGAGCAGACCGGGGUGACCCUCAGCCGUUACUGCAUCGAGCUGGCCAACCGCGGGAAGAUCGAUGAGGAUCUGAACUCCAUCUUCAACUCCAUCCGUGAGGCGGCCAAAGUCAUUGCCAAGUUGGUGAACACUGCACCACUGCAACAGGCGGAGCUUUUGGGACUUCAAGGCGAGAUCAACGUGCAGGGCGAAGAUCAAAAGAAGUUGGAUGUCAUCACAAACGACGUCUUCAAGAAUGCCCUGCGAUACACAGGCAAGUUGGGCACCCUGGCAUCAGAGGAGGAAGACGAGCCGGUGGAUGGAUCUGUGGGCGGCAGCGAAGCCAUCCCUUUGCUCUCCGAUGAGUUUGCGGACACCGGAAAAUACAUCUGCGUCUUCGACCCUUUGGAUGGCAGCAGCAACGUGGAUGCUGGCAUUCCAGUGGGCACCAUCUUCGGAGUUUUUGAGGAGCCAAGCCCAGCAGAGUGCGAGCUGCCCGCGGAUCUCUCCAAAGGUCUCUCCGAGGAGCAGCAAAGGUGUUUGGCUGGCACCCUGCAGCCUGGCAAGUCCCUGGUGGCCGCGGGCUACGUGUUGUACUCCGCCUCCACAGAGUUGGUGCUGACCUUCGGUCAGGGCGUGGUGGGCUUCACGCUGGACACCAGCACCUGGGACGGACGCCCCAAGGGGCCAUGGGUUUUUGGAAGGUGA